AUGCGUUCGAGGAGCUUACAGCGUCGGCUCCGUCGCCGGAGGCGUGUAUACCACAGCGCCUCGACUCUGGAGCAGCGUGCUCGUCGCUAUCGAUGGCACCGAGAGGACGCUCUUACCAAAACUCGAAACGUACGUCGUCGUCAGUCAAAGGCGAGCAUCGACGACGCCGAAGACGAACUCGUUGAUCACUUGACCGUCGCGGUCAGUUUCGAGUCCCUCACCGGCACGUACCAAGAAGAGGUGUCUAGAAUGCUUCGGUGGUACGGUCGGAGUGCUCAGGCGUUGGCGCAAGUGCUCAUCCAGCACCCGGAGGUGAGCACUGUCGUAAUGAUAGAGGGUUUUCCACUGGCCGUUAUCGCCUGCAUCCCCUAUGCAACCUAUGCGGACAUUUUGCCGAGAACCAGGUUUCCUCAAACAGAAACGGCUUGGUUGGUAUGGGGGACACUCUGCUUAAACUUUCCGAUCGCGCUCUUGCCACAGUUGUGGCGGGUGGUGCACGACGACCAGGCAAACGCCUGCGCGAUGGCGGGUUCACAGGCUGGGGACCCGCUUUUCAAACGAGCGGCCUCUCGAUUCGUGCAUAUCGGUUUCGCAGAGAGACGCGCUUCCGACGUUUCCUCCGCGGCACAGUCGCGGCAAGGCGCCUCUCGGAUGACCACUCAUGCUCCGAGGCAGCUGCGAAUCAAGCAACGUCGCUCCAAUAGAGAAGCGGCGAUGGAGUGGUCAUUUCCCUCAGUUGCUGAUCAAAUGCUUUACGAAAAUGCAUCGGAUGCGGUUUGCCUCUCACUCGACUCUGGUUUCCAUGUGCAUGAGGAGCUCGUUCCCAUCGCAAUGCUUAUCGAUGCUGAAGACCUCCUUCGGGUCGGCAGGCAGCUUGAACAGCACUCACCGCAUCAAGUCAAAGAGCACUGA